UGCGUGCGCCAUACAAAAGAUGGCUGUGCUGUAAACAAAAAAUAAAUAAAUAAAUGUCACGCCCCUUUUAGAGAAUAAUAAUAAAAAAAAAAAAAGAAAAGAAAGAAGGAAAAAAACCAAAACACCUUUUUUUCCGUCUUCGCUAAUCGGUACACAUUACGGUCGGGGUGUGUUUCGCGUAUUUUUUUUCGCGAUAUUGUCGUUACCCGUGGUUAUUGUCGUCGCCUCUGCGAUAUAAGUUGACGCCGUCGUCAAGCCGAACGCCGCCGCCGACCGGUGUAGCACCGCACGGGACCAGUGACCACCGACCACAACGCCGCACAAGAGCGCCCUUUGUCUUGCUGUGCUGUUGACCGACCAGACGACGACGACGAAGCCGAAGACGAAUAUAAUUAAAUAAUGACUGAAUACAAACUGGUCGUCGUCGGUGCUGGCGGCGUCGGUAAAAGUGCCUUAACAAUACAGUUAAUACAGAACCACUUUGUGGACGAGUAUGAUCCAACAAUUGGUUAGUUUUAUAUUAGUUUUUAUUUUAUUUAGGGAAACCUAUGUAGAGGAUUCUUAUCGUAAACAAGUAGUAAUUGAUGGAGAAACGUGUCUACUUGAUAUUUUAGACACGGCGGGUCAAGAAGAAUAUAGUGCUAUGCGUGAUCAAUAUAUGAGAACCGGUGAAGGUUUUCUUCUUGUAUUUGCUAUUAAUAAUACCAAAUCAUUUGAAGAUAUCAGUAAUUACAGGGAACAGAUAAAACGAGUAAAAGAUGCGGAGGAUGUCCCAAUGGUUUUGGUAGGCAAUAAGUGUGAUCUACAAAGUAGAGCGAUAGAUGUUAAAGCAGCAUCUGAUUUAGCUAAACAAUAUGGUGUACCAUUUAUUGAGACAUCAGCUAAAACGAGACAAGGUGUUGAUGAAGCGUUUUAUACUUUGGUUAGAGAAAUUAGGAAAGAUAAAGAACAAAGGUUGCGAGAAAAACGUAAAGCAAAACCAAGAAGGAAACGCAAGCACUGUUACCUCUUUUGAAUAUGAGUGAAACAAAAGGAGUUUUUUUAUUUAAAUUAAAAAAGGACCGAACAAGAGUGUCCUCGUCGUAUUUUAAUUAAUGUAAACACACUUUUGGCUCAGGAAAGUGUGUUUUCAUCAUUUAUAAUAUUGUUCAGUUAAAAGCAUGUAUUGAAUAUAUUUAUUUGAAUGAUAAACAAACAAACAUAAUAACUUUUGGAAUCCCGAUCAAUAGAAAUUUAUGUUCAAAGAAAGAACAUUAUACAGAGGACCCCUUUAACAAGCUGACAUCUUGUUUUGAGAUCCGAUUUUAAUAUUGCUAUUUUUAUCGUCUUAUUAUUAAUAAAAAUUUAAAAAAUAUAUAUUUAUAGUGUUAUUCGAUUAUCUAAAAUAUUUUCCUGCCCCAUUUAUUUUUCUCAAAAUCGUGCUUCCAGUAUUCUUAGGAGCUAUUGAUUUGUGCAUAGGCUUUACUACAAUUUAUUAUUAUUUUUUUUUUUUAGUCAAUAUCUAUGUGAUUCUAUUGUUUGAGAGGACGUCAUACCCGCAUGUGUUGUCUCUGUCUAAUAAACUCAUAUAAUAACAAAUUGCACUGUCUAAAUAAUUUGUUUAAGAGGAUAUCAGCACAAUAUUUGUUUUCUCUGGCCCAUUAGCGAUACGGAUCAAUAGCAUACAUGUAAAAUCAUUAUUGAGUAAUUUUAGAGUGAAAUUACCAAUGACAAAAAUUAUGAGGAUAAUAUUUUUAGGUAUGACAUAUCGGUUUUAAAUUGUAUUAUUAUUUGACAAUAUGCAACUUUAAAAACAAAAACAAUAAAUGUUAUACGUUAAAUGGAUAUUAAAUUGUUUUGAGAGGUAAUAUUAAACAAAUCGAUACGUCAUACCUCGAAAAAAUAUGAUUUUGAGUAAAUGCAUUUAGUUUAUGUUGUACAUGGGCCAGAGAUAGAAAACAAACAGAUCACUGACAUCUCUUAACUUUUAUGUUUAAUUUUAAAGUGAAUUGAUCUAUUACCAAAUUUAGAAGUAAGAAUAUUAUCUAAUGAAUGACAGGUUUUUUUAUAUUGUAAUUUUAAAGUGAGUUAUGAUUUUGUACACUUUUAAAUCCAUUACAGAGGAGUUGGAGUAUAAAAAAAACCUGUAAUGCACUAGAUGAUAUUUUUACUCAAAUUUGGUUUUAGGUCAAUUCACCCUAAUAUUAAAAAUAACAGAGUUCAAUAAAUUAUUCAGAACAUACAAUUUGAUAUGUUAUGCGUUUGUAAAGGUGGGUACACAUUAGAGUCCAAACACGAAUUAAUGAACGAAUUCGAAACCAUAUCGAACGCUUUGAUCAACUGCCUUUGGAGCAAACGCUUCUGAAUGUGAACAAAUGCAUCUGUACUUGUUCGGCUAUACUGUUUACAUUGGUUCGUUCGGUAGCAUUUGUUCGUGUUCGUGCUCUAAUGUAAGAUGACGCUACACUGGUCUUUAUUGUCUCUGUCUUACAAAUACAUAACAUAGCAAAUUUACACUCAGCAGAUCACGCUUAACUCCGUUAGUUUAAAAAUUAGAGUGAAUCAACCUAUUAUGAAACUUGAUGGUAAGAACAUUAUUUGUUUUUAUAUGGUUUUUUUUUUUACAAAAGUUCAGUUUAUAAGUGGGUUAUGGGCAUUCUUAAUUUACGCUCUAUUAUUUACGCAUAAAUUGCUAAAAAAUUGAACUAUUGUAAAAAAAAUUCUCAAACAAACACAGAUAAAGUUCUUACCAUCAAUUUUCAAAAUAGGCAUUCACUCUUAUUUUUAAACAAACGGAGCUAAACGUGAUCGGCUGAGCUUAAAUUUGGUAUGUAACGCACUUUUUAAGACAGAUGUCCGUACGUAUACGGGUAUGAAACAACAAAUGCCUGUAUAGUGUUCUCUUAAGAUAGACAAUACAGAAGGUAUGAUGUCCUCAACAUCAAUAAACAAUAUUAUUAUCUUAUCUUUUGAAUGGUUAACUGGUUUAACUACUUUAUUUUCUUUUUACUUAAAUCAUAGUAUAAAAUCAACGAAAUGUAAUACUUUAAUUAUUUCUAGUUAAAAUGUAUAUCAUUUUUUUAAAUUACAAAUACAUUUGGUCAAUAUAAAACUAUGUUAUAAUUCCUGUUCAAAUUAUUUUUACUUAUUUUAUUAGAAGAUUUCUAUUUCCACUCUGCCUUGUGAUCAGAAGUAACAUAUGUAUAUUUUAUUGAUAAUUGUUUUUUUUUAUAUAUAAAAUAAAAUAUGUGUUUAGCUGAUCAGAAGGUGCAGAUGACUUACAGGGAUUAUAAGUAGGACAUCCGUGCCAAAACUACUCACUAUUCAAGUAUUUAUUUCUUAAGUCUUAUUUUUUAUACACGCCUAAUAUUAAAAUAUUCAUUAUGAUUGUAGUUGUUUCAAUUUUAUUAUUAUUUAUUAUUAUUAUUAUUAUUAUUAUUUUUUUUUUUUUUAAUGAUAAUUUUUUUUAGUUAAAUUGUUUAAAAUACAGGACUAAUACUUAGUGAAAGAUACCUUUGGCCUUUGGGGAUAAUUUUAUUAUUGAAAAAGAACAAAAAUAUAUACUAUAAUUAUUAAGUUAACUAUUUCAACAAAGGCCUCAUUGGACAUUUAUAAUACUCAUAAUUUGACUACAUUAUAUAUAUUGUAAUUUAACGAGCUUUUCAUGUUGAAGUUCAUGUUUGAUCAAGAUGUUAAGAAAAUAAUUUUUUAUUAGUAUUUUUAUUUAAUUUUUUUAAUUUUUGUGAUCAUUAUAUUAGGAUACAAUCAGCAUGUUAUUACCAAAACUUAUUAUAAUAUAAUGCUAUCUGA